AUGGAGAUCAUUGCCGCCACCCGGAAUACACCAGGAGAGUCCUCUUCAAACGCUACUCACCAGGCCGAGUGGAGUCUGGAGAGCUUCCUUCAGCACCACCCAGCUAAGUUUAAUGGGAAAGGUUUACCGGACGAGGCUGACCAGUGGUUGAGAGACAUGGAGAGAAUUUAUGAUGCCCAGAGGUGCCCGGACGAAAAUCGCUUGGCCUUCACUGAGUAUUUGCUGACUGGUGAGGCCAGCCACUGGUGGACGAGCAUGAAGGCUAUACUAACGGACGCUCACAGUCCCAUCUCUUGGGAAGUUUUCAGAAGUAAAUUCUAUGAAGAAUAUUUCCCAGACAGCGUUCGUUACGCUAAGGAAGUGGAGUUUCUUCAAUUAGUACAAGGUGGGAAAUAUGUAUCAGAGUAUACCAACGCCUUCAAACACUUAUUAAGGUUCAAUACUAUGGCCACCAAUGAAGAGUGGCAGUGUCGGAAAUUCGAGAAUGGGUUGAGAAGCGAUCUUAAAGUGUUGAUAUCCAGUCUUUGUAUUAAGUCAUUUCCUGCAUUGGUUGAGAGGGUCAAGGUGUUGGAGAAGAAUGUGGCUGAAGCAGAGCAACAGAAGAAGCAACAAGCAGCAAGGGGACUGAAUCUGGCAAGGAAUAAUCUGAAUCGGAAUAGGACGACGUACGCUCGUCCAGCACAACCAUCAAAUUCAAGUGGAUCGCAAGCUAUGGUUGUUACCGGACAGUCUGGGCAACAGGGAGUGGUCAGAUGUUUUCGGUGUAGGGGACCUCACUACAAGUCUUCAUGCCCUCAAUUGGUUGGAGGGAAGUAUUGCAAUCGCUGCAGAAGAAAUGGUCACUUGGAGAGCGAGUGCAAUAUGGGAGGUCGAGCGGCAAUGAGGCCGCCAAAUGCUGGAAGGGCACAAGGUCGGGGUGGACGAGCACAGGCUGUUGGGAGAGUUUAUGCGAUAACGGGCGCGGAAUCCACAAGCUCAGGUACGCUCAUCACCGGUACCUGA